AUGGAGGAGAAAGAAUCUAAUACCGAUGAGGGUCCUAAAUUGAGAGAAGAAGCCGAUUAUCAAGAUUUUUAUCCUACGUUAAAGAAAGAGAAUGAUAUACCUUUACUGAUACGUGAUAACAAUAUAUGUGUUGACGAUAUUUAUAUCAAUCAGGAUAUACAGAACUUGCAGUUCAACCAAGGCACUCCUUUAAAACAGCUGAUUUCUAAUGGGAAGAUCACGGUAGAACCGAUACUUGUUGAUUCUGAAGGAUCAGAUUGUCAUUAUUGUAAUAUUGGUAUUAUGGAUUUAGACGAGAAUUUUGAUAAUAAUAUAUCAAAUCGUAACUCAGAUAAGUAUUAUUCAGAGAAUGAUAAAGAUCUAAACGAUCCCUUCCAACACGCCGCGUAUAUAACUAAAUUUGAUAAAGAACCAGCUUUGCGUGAUCGAGAAAAUUUAUCAGUUGUCAAUAAUUCAGUAAGCAUCUAUUUUAACAAAAUGAAAAAACAACUUUAUAAGAUUGUACCGAACUUACAAUAUGUAAACACAUAUUAUGAUAUGGAUGAACAAGAUGAAUUAUUUUUAAGAUAUUUAAAGAAGCAAUAUUUAAAUUUUAAUUUACAAAUAGACAAUUUACAAUUUGAAUUGUUUUUCACUAUCCUUGAACUGGAGUAUGCAUUAUUACAGUCGCACAUAACAAAACCACCACCUCCUUCUCCUCUUGGUGAUCAGUUAUGUUCUAUAUGUGAUGGGAUAGAAACAGCAAAUAAUACAAUUGUAUUCUGUGAUUACUGUAAUAUAGCAGUACAUCAAGAUUGUUAUGGUAUAAUUUUUAUUCCUCCAGGGCCUUGGCUUUGUAGAGUAUGUUUGCAAAAUAAUAUGAGUUCUCAACGACCUAGAUGUAUUGUUUGUCCUGGAAUAGACGGGCCUAUGAAACAAACUACAUCAGGUAAUUGGAUACAUGUUAUCUGUGCAGUUUGGAUCAAUGAAUUAAAUUUUGGUAAUUGGCAUUAUUUAGAACCUAUUGAAGGUGUGGAAAGGAUACCGAGUUUAAGAUGGAAGUUGAGUUGUUUUAUAUGCAAACAAAAGAUGGGUGCAUGUAUCCAAUGUUCAACUAAAAAUUGUUUUACUGCGUAUCAUGUAAGUUGUGCUAAAAGAGUAGGAUUAUAUAUGACCCCAUUAAAGACAGGUUCUUUAGCUGAAAUGGCGUUAGGUAACAACAAUCAACUAAUAAGUUUUUGUGAUAAGCAUUCUUCGACAUCAGGACAUGUUAGUCAAGGAAAUUUUAAUGGGUCUGAGAUAUGUAAGGCACGAGAACAGAUAUUUGAAGAUAUGGAGGGAUAUAGGGCAAAAUUUCAAGAUGAGAUUAUUGUUCCUCCACAUAUAUUUGCAGAUUAUAUAUUUCAAGCAAUAAUAUCUUUAAAAGUAUUGCAUGAUGAAAGCAAAGCUCGUGAAUUAAGCUUUAUUAUAUGUAAAUACUGGUCAUUGAAAAGAGAAUUUAACAAGGGUGCCCCUUUGGUACAAAUUAACGAUAAUGUUAUUCAGUAUUCGUAUAAUUUGCUAAGUGACAAUGAAAUCAUUGAUAAAAUUUCGUUUAUUGAUAUUAUACUGAAAGAUUUAAAUAGAAUCGAAAAACUCACUAGAUUGGUAGGCAAAAGAAACGAAAAGGAAAUUGAAUUAUUUGAAAGUAGACAAAAGUUACAAAAUUUGAUUGAGAAUACAAAUCUUUUUAUUAUCAAGGAAAGGUUCAUUAAAAAACUUGUUGGAAGUGAUCCAUUUAAAGUUGUGUCAAGAUAUUUAAAGGAAAAUCGGUUGGAUGAAACUUUUAUGGAAAAAUGUAAAAAAUUUCAAUUUAAAACGACAUAUGAACUUGAGGAUGGGAUGAUGAAAUUAUUCCAGUAUUUAAAGAAUUUAAAUGUUGUAUCCAGAAUCAUAUCGUCGUCAAUCGAUAAGUUAAAAGCUAACUAUUACGAAGUGAUAUCUACCAUUCGAGAUAGUGAUAUUCAUGGGUUAUUAAAUCAAGAUUUUGUUAUGGGUGAUGGCAUAUAUACAUCAACCGUUGAGAGACCAUGGAAUGGGAAAGUAUUGAUGGAACAACAGGAAUUAAGUGAUGUUGAAGAUUUAAAGGAUACAGAAUUAGAAAAAUUUAACUCUUUGUGUUUUGAUGGAUUGUUAUUAUUAACAUCGUCGUCAUCAUCAUCGUCAUCGUCAUUAUUAUUCGAUAAUAAUCGAUCCAAAAAGAUGAUACAGUCAUCAAGAAAGAAAAUACGAGACGGGCCUGGUCGUAAAUCAAGACGUAAACCGGGACUUAAGCCGAAAGGCAAGAUAGAUGUAAAACAAAUAGAAGGAUCCAUUGAAUCACAACGAGGUAGAGUGAGACAUGUAGUUAGUAGUUCAGAGGGGUUGCGUAAAAAAACAGACAGUAUUAAAAAGUGGCCUGGUAGAAAACCAAAAAGCACGAGUAUAUCAUCUAUUGCACCUGAUACCAGAAGAAAGAAACUGGAACUAAAACCUAAACCUAGACGUGGGAAGAGGAUGACUUGA